GGGCGCGCGGCGCGGAGCAGCCCAGCGCAGCGCGGCCCGGCGCGGGCAGAGACGAGCCCGCGGGCGGCGGCGGCUCCCGGCCCGGCGGGUGCAGGGCCUCCGACAGAGCCGCGGCGGAGCGGGGCCUCGGCCGGGGCGCUGGGGGAGCCCGCCGCGGCGGGCAGCAGCAGGAAGCGGCGGCGGCGCGUCCCGGGCGGUGCACGCCAUGUCGGGCGGGCUCCCCAAGGCCCUGCCGUCCACGGGGCCCCACUCCCUGCGCGACAUGCCGCACCCGCUGGCCGGCUCCAGCAGCGAGGAGGCCGUGGGCGGCGACAGCACGCCCAGCCCGGACCUGCUCUUGGCCCGCAGCUUCGCCGACAAGGAUCUCAUUUUGCCCAACGGUGGUACUCCAGCAGGUACUUCGAGUCCAGCUUCUUCAUCUUCCCUUCUCAACAGACUUCAGCUUGAUGAUGACCUCGAUGGUGAGACCAGAGACCUCUUUGUCACAGUGGAUGAUCCCAAGAAGCACGUCUGUACCAUGGAGACCUACAUCACGUACAGGAUCACCACCAAAAGCACUCGGGUGGAGUUCGACCUGCCUGAAUAUUCGGUCCGGCGGAGAUACCAGGACUUCGACUGGCUGAGGAACAAACUGGAAGAAUCGCAGCCCACUCAUCUCAUUCCCCCAUUGCCAGAGAAGUUUGUGGUGAAAGGUGUUGUGGACCGUUUUUCAGAAGAGUUCGUGGAGACCAGGAGAAAAGCUUUGGAUAAAUUCCUGAAAAGGAUUACGGAUCAUCCUGUGCUUUCUUUCAAUGAACACUUCAAUGUUUUCCUUACUGCUAAGGACCUGAACGCCCACAAGAAGCAAGGGAUGGCGCUGCUGACCCGCAUGGGCGAGUCAGUCAAGCACGUCACCGGCGGCUACAAGCUGAGGAGUCGGCCUCUGGAGUUUGCAGCCAUAGGCGAAUACCUAGACACAUUUGCGCUCAAACUGGGAACCAUAGAUCGGAUAGCCCAGCGGAUCAUCAAAGAGGAAAUAGAGUACCUCGUGGAGCUGAGAGAAUACGGGCCUGUGUACUCCACAUGGAGCGCCCUGGAGGGGGAGCUGGCCGAGCCGCUGGAGGGGGUGUCAGCUUGCAUCGGCAACUGCUCCACGGCCUUGGAAGAGCUGACGGACGACAUGACCGAAGACUUCCUGCCUGUGCUCCGGGAAUACGUCUUGUACUCCGACUCCAUGAAGAACGUGCUGAAGAAGAGGGACCAAGUGCAAGCGGAGUACGAGGCCAAGCUGGAAGCCGUGGCCCUGAGAAAGGAAGACCGCCCCAAGGUGCCCGCGGACGUUGAGAAGUGCCAGGACCGGAUGGAGUGUUUCAACGCCGACCUGAAAGCCGACAUGGAGAGGUGGCAGAACAACAAGCGGCAGGACUUCCGGCAGCUGCUCAUGGGCAUGGCCGACAAGAACAUCCAGUACUACGAGAAGUGCCUCACGGCGUGGGAGUCGAUCAUCCCACUGCUGCAGGAGAGACAGGAGGCCAAGUGAGUUCCUGCUCCCACGGAGGCUCCUCCACCCGCCCGGGGCGCGGCGCCCCAUCCCGGCGUGCCCCGGCCGUGCCGGCAUGGCGGCGCUGAGACAACGACCGCAGGGACAUCUGUCCUCGUGGAUUUCUUUCCCAUCCCCACCUGCCUUUGUCCGACAGUCAUUUUUAACUAGUAUCUCUUCCCCGGCGGAGCCCGGAGGGCUGUGGUCGUCUCAGCCGAAGCCGCGCGCCUCCGUGCUGUGAAGGGACCCGUGACACAGAACACCGCGAAGAUUUGACAGUCGGCAGCUGACGUUCCAGUACCUCCUUACGGUUUCCUGUCCAGGGCCGUUGGAGUUGGUUGCCUGUGGUGGAAGAGAACCGGGGUCCUGCUUUCCAGGGACAGGAGAACGGCACGGACAGAAGGCCACUCUUGCGCUGCAAGGGCACACGCACGGCAGCUCUAGGCCCAACCUCUCUGGGCAUCCACACGUCUCAGCCCAGCAGGAGGUGGCAGGUCCUUCGUGGGCAGCGGCCUGGAGCCGCGAGUGCGGCCUGCUGCCUGCAUGCGAUGGGCGGCUACACCUCCGUUACGGUUCCUGGCUCGGACAGGACCGUCGAACUCAGUGUCCGCGUGCAUCCGCGCCAGGGCGAGCGGGCCAGCGUCCUGGUCCUCACGCGGAGCCCAGGGACGCCACAGGGACCACGCUCCCCCAACGCGGUUCUGACACUAGAAUGCGGUAGAUUGGGAACUCUUUUUGUGUAAAAUGAAAAAAAAGGUGCGUUUUUUUUUUCUCUGUGACAUUCUUCCAUGUGUUCCUUUCGCUUGUUAGAUGUCAGCGGCCUGGAGAGCAGGCCCGUCAGGGAGUAGCUGCGGUCCUGAAGGCGGGUCGCUCCCGGCGGCUGCGAUCCCCGGGCACGUGCCAGGCCGCGCCGCCCACGGCUGCUUUGCACAAUGGCUGUUACCACACCAAAAAUUCCUAGUUUAAUGUUUGCUCUUGUGCCCCCCUGGGGUGUGUGGGCAGCCUUGUGGGGAGAAGCUGGCACGUUGUUGCGACACAGGCGAGAUUUUGUGAGCUCCGUGCGAGUGGCCUGUGUGAGGCGCUUUAACCCGCACUGGUGUCUGAUCAGGGAGAAGAGUCGGUGUCUGGAGGGCCUCCAAGGGGACUCCAGCAGCAGCAGACCCCCCCUCCCGGUGAAGCCGGAGUCCACGUGCAGCCGGGUUCCCGGGGGCUGCCAGCUGCCUCUCAAGUCCUGGUUUCCAGCUGUUACCAGGUUUGCUUUGCAGAUCGACAGAAACACAAGCAGACCGAAAAGGAACUCUGGUUUUUUUUUUUUCCUUCUCCUGAAAAGAAGCUCCGUAUGUCACUUGUGUGUUCUUUCAUCUGUGGCUCAUCCCUAUAAAAUUACAGAUCUCAAAUAAGUGAUAGUAUUUUUUUU